AUGGCUAAAGAAACCGAAAUGGCCACCGUCGAUCAUGAGGAGAUGAAAUCGAACUCGAAUAUGGCAGAUACAUGUGAAGAUGGCAACGAGAAGAAGGAUCCCUACAUGGCUGACCCGAUUCAAAUGGAUGCUACCACUGACCGGCGACUUUUCUGGAAGAUCACUCGUCGUGUACUUGCCAUCCAGGUCAUCACCUAUUUCUGUCAAUCUUUAGACAAAGGCAUCUUGAACUAUGCCUCGAUCAUGGGUAUCAAGGAUGAUGCUCACCUGGUGGGCCAGCAAUAUUCAUGGUUAGGGACAAUCUUAUACAUUGGCAUCUUAUGUGGCGAAUAUCCGCAGAACUUGCUUCUACAGAAAUUCCCCGUGGCGAAGACACUCGCUAUUAAUAUCUUUAUUUGGGGAGCCGUUGUGGCAUGCUCAGCGGCUUCAACCAACUUCGCGUCUCUCAUGGCGGUCCGAUUCCUGUUGGGAUUCUUUGAGAGUUGUGUCCAGCCAGCAAUGAUGCUAGUGACAGGAAUGUGGUAUAAGAGAGAAGAACAAUCCCUUUUGAACUCGAUUUGGUAUUGUAUGAGUGGAGUACAACUAAUUAUCGGCGGCCUUCUAGGCUUUGGCGUCUCCCAUUUCACCAAUGGCCCGAUUAAAAACUGGCAACUUCUAUUCCUCGUGCUCGGUCUCUUUACGUGCCUCUGGUCCAUCGUUGUCGGCAUUUUCCUUCCAGAUAGCCCUCUCUCGGCCAAAUGCUUUUCUGAAGAUGACAAACGUCUGAUGGUCGAACGAGUUCGACACAAUGAGACUGGCAUUGAGAAUAAAAAAUACAAGAAAUACCAGGUGGCCGAAGCCCUCCAGGAUCCCCUAGUUUGGUGCUGUGUCAUGCUCAUCCUGGUUGCUAACUUGGUUAUUGGCGGCCUGGGAGUAUUCUCCAAUCUCAUCAUCCAGAAGUUUGGGUUCACGCUUCUUCAAACCCAGCUCCUCAAUAUUGCCCAGGGAGCUUGGAGCAUAAUAGUCAUGAUUGGAUCUGCGUGGGCAUCCCAGCGUUUCCAGCAAACAUGCCUUGUGAUGAUACUGUAUACAAUCCCGUCCAUCGUCGGCACAAUUGUUAUUCUAGUGGUCACCCCGACUCCAUCGAACGCAGGGGGGAUGCUGAUCGCGUUCUACUGCACACAAUUUUUCCCCGCGCAAGGCAACAUGAUCAUCUCACUCAUCACUCGAAACAUUGCUGGACAAACAAAGAAGGGUUUUACUAUGACGAUGCUCUUUAUUGGCUGGUCCGUUGGUAAUCUGAUUGCACCUCAGAUUUUCCGGGAUGGAGACGCUCCUCGCUAUCUACAUGGCUUCUUGACGCACGUCAUUAUCUAUGCUAUCUAUAUGGGCAUAGUUAUUUUGACCCGGGUGAUUAUCAUGGCUAGGAACCGUUCCAAGGAACGGGCGACAAGUGAAAUAUCUCACGCCUUGGCUUUCCAGGAUCUUACGGAUCGUGAGAAUCCAAAUUUCCGUUAUGUCUACUAG